AAUCCUUUCGUAUGAAGUUUGAUAUUACCAGUAUAUAAAUGUGUGAUAAUUAUUGACGGUUAUUAGUACGCAUCUACAGCUGCUAUGAUGAAGUUCACAUUAGGACUAUUCGCCAUUUUGGCGGUUAUUGGUCUGGGACAAGCUCAUCAGUUUCCGGAUUUUGGCAAAGGUCCUCUUCAUGAGGAUUUCCAAGAUAUUCUUGAUUUAGUCCCUGUGGAAGACAUUGUCAACGUUGCUGUGGAUUAUAUAAUAUAUGAUCAUGAAGUACUAGAUUUUUUUAAAGAGCUAACAAAAGGUACUUUAAUGAAAGAUCUGCUAGUGGAUUUCCAAGCCAUUCCUGAAGUAAUCAAGCUUUUUAAUUAUCUGCAUAAAGAAGGCAUCGGUAUCUAUGAAAUUAUGAAUAAAAUUAAUAAGGCAUUCAAAAUCAAGGAACUCGUACCACCUAGUUCUGAAACAUACUCUAAGACGAGGACCGGUGGACUUAAAGGAUUCUUCAAAGACAUAAAAAAACACAUCGAUUAUGAUGUCUUUAUUAGCAUAUAUGUGGAUAAAUUAAAAUCCUCAACAGCCUUUGUCAAUUUCAUUAACGAACUUAAGUCUGACAAUUUCCAAAAAAUUGUUAACAAGGUUUGCAAAAUUAAGUCCGUCCAGUACAUCGCAAGUUGUCUUGAGGCCCGAUCAGUAAAUUUAAAAAUUGUAGGAGAUAUCUUAUAUCUCGUCUUUGGCAUCAAGGUGCCAAGCUCUCCUUCUAAAACAUUAAUGGAAGAACUAGCGGAUUUCGCAAAGCUUAUUCCGAUGGAGGAAUUUUUCAAUAUAAUAAUCCAGUAUAUAAAUGAAGAUGAAAAAGUACAAAAUGCUUUACUAUUUAUGCUCACACCAGACUUCCACAAUCUGUUGCGUAACCUUGAAGCUCUUAAGGAACAUCAAGCACUCGUGGUGUAUUUAGAAAAGGCUGGACUUCCUAUUAUUCAGUCUAUCCAACAAUUGCAUCAUGCUAUCGGCAUGGAAAAAUAUGUGCCACCUAAGAUACAAAACUUUUUAAAAUCUUUAACUAAGACGCAGAAAAUCGGUGAUGGAAUGCGAGGAAUGCUCAUGGAUCUCUAUAAUGUACUUCCUUUGGACAAAAUUGACGCCCUUUACAAGGAGAAGAUGAGGACUUCAAAAGUCUUUGUUGAUUUUAUCGCAAAGAUAAUGUCUAAGGAGAUGAAGAAAAUCAUCACUGAUCUAAUCGCUCAUAAGACUUCUAAAGAGUUUAUCACGAAAACGAAAGAAAAAGGAUUGGAUAUAGAAGGAUUAGCGUUACUUAGUGAAAGAAUGAUUGGUCUUAAAUCUAAAUACUAAAAUUAGUAUUUAUAAUAUUCUAAACAUUUGCAACUUGAAAUUUAAACAGGUUAUACGUUUAAUGUAAUAACGUAACAUAAAGAUUACUAACUUAAUAAUUACUUUUUUGUAUUAUAAUUAAGAAUAAAUUUACAUACAUAUUAUAAUAAAUUAUUCUCAUUUAA